GAAUAACAGUUUGCUUUACACCACAAUCCAGUGUAACUUUUCAGGCAUAAAAUUUCUUGAAGUAAUCAAGCCCUUCUGUGUUAUCUUGCCUGAAAUCCAAAAGCCGGAGCGGAAGAUUCAGUUUAAGGAGAAGGUACUAUGGACAGCUAUCACACUCUUCAUCUUCUUAGUAUGCUGCCAGAUUCCCUUGUUUGGUAUCAUGUCAUCAGACUCAGCAGACCCUUUCUACUGGAUGAGAGUGAUUUUGGCAUCAAAUAGAGGUACAUUGAUGGAGCUGGGCAUUUCACCUAUUGUCACUUCUGGGCUCAUCAUGCAGCUCUUGGCAGGUGCUAAGAUCAUUGAAGUUGGUGACACCCCAAAGGACAGAGCUCUCUUCAAUGGAGCACAGAAAUUGUUUGGAAUGAUCAUUACUAUUGGACAGUCUAUUGUCUAUGUAAUGACUGGAAUGUAUGGAGACCCAUCUGAGAUGGGUCCUGGGAUCUGCUUGCUUAUUACAAUUCAGCUUUUUGUUGCUGGAUUGAUAGUUCUGCUCUUGGAUGAGCUCCUACAGAAAGGAUAUGGUCUUGGUUCUGGCAUCUCUCUCUUCAUUGCUACCAAUAUCUGUGAGACUAUUGUGUGGAAAGCAUUCAGCCCCACCACAGUGAACACAGGACGAGGCAUGGAAUUUGAGGGAGCCAUCAUUGCUCUGUUCCAUCUUCUGGCUACUCGCACUGACAAAGUCAGAGCUCUUCGUGAGGCCUUUUACCGUCAGAAUCUCCCCAACCUUAUGAAUCUGAUUGCCACCAUCUUCGUCUUUGCUAUUGUCAUUUAUUUCCAGGGCUUUAGAGUGGAUCUUCCCAUCAAGUCUGCUCGCUACCGUGGCCAGUACAACACCUACCCUAUCAAGCUGUUUUACACUUCCAACAUUCCCAUCAUUCUUCAGUCUGCUCUGGUGUCAAACCUGUACGUGAUCUCCCAGAUGCUUUCUGCUCGUUUCAGUGGCAAUUUGCUGGUUAGCCUGCUGGGCACUUGGUCUGACACAUCAUCUGGAGGCCCUGCUCGUGCUUACCCAGUUGGUGGACUUUGUUAUUAUCUGUCACCUCCAGAGUCCUUUUCUUCAGUGUUAGAAGACCCUGUACAUGCAGUUGUUUAUAUCGUAUUUAUGCUGGGCUCCUGUGCGUUCUUCUCUAAAACAUGGAUUGAAGUCUCUGGCUCCUCUGCCAAAGAUGUUGCCAAACAAUUGAAAGAACAACAAAUGGUAAUGCGAGGCCACAGAGAAACUUCAAUGGUACAUGAACUAAACAGGUACAUCCCUACAGCUGCUGCAUUUGGUGGUCUCUGUAUCGGUGCUCUCUCUGUCUUGGCAGACUUUCUUGGGGCAAUUGGGUCAGGAACUGGAAUUUUGCUCGCUGUCACUAUCAUUUAUCAGUACUUUGAGAUCUUUGUAAAGGAACAAAGUGAAGUUGGCAGUAUGGGAGCUCUUCUUUUCUAAACCUGGCUUCUCAUGGACCCAGGAAAGAGAGGAGGAACAUUCUCAAGAUACAGCCAGUCAGGUGAAAAGAAGUGACAUAAACUUGAGGAUAAUAUCAUGCUAUUUGAACACAUAUUUUAAUAAUGUUUCCAAAGCACGUUCCAUUAUGUUCAAACUUUUCUAGCAUACUGUUUGCAUUUUAUAAAAGACAGAAAAUGUGCAAAAAACUUUUUUUGGAGAAACUCUUUUUUAAUUGUGUUAGCUUCCUGAAUUGGAUUGAGUUCAGUAACUCUUGAAAUUUUUUUGAGCCUGUUUCAAAUUUAGUAUACCUGAAGCCUUUACAGGUUUUAGUAGUUGUUUCAUAAAUGACUGUUUGGAAGGGUUUGGGGUUUUUUUUGUCACCAUUUAACUUGGGUUUGCAGCUCCUUUGCAGUAGUGGUGAGAAGAAAAAUCUCUCCCUCUAAUGCUCACGUUCCAUAACCAUGGUUGUAAGCACAAACAGUGUUUAAUAUGUCCAGGUUUGUGUUUGGGGUGUUUUCCAGUAUGGCAGAUUUGGAAGGCAGUUGUUUCUUUUUCCUAACUGAUGUCUUCAAUAUCAGAUGUUUUGUCUUGUAAUUGCUGUGCUAGACCUUGUCAGAUGUUGAAUAUUGGCUCGAGACUGUUGUCAAGUUUCUGUAUAAGAUAGGAGUGUGUGCUUUCCCACCACCCCUCCUUCAUAAGCAGAACACUCAGGUCAGUCACGAUUCUGCCAGAGUCUGUGCCUAAAUGUUGCAACUUUGAAACUUGGUCAUACAGGCAGCUUUGUAAAACCUUUUAAUUAGUUUUCAUUGUCAUUAGCAGUAGUACUUCUUUUCAGAUAGCAUCAGAACUAGAAGUGGGUGUUAUGGCUGCUUAGAUGCAGGUCUGCUUGUGCUCUUUGCAAAGUUUCACUGAUAAUAAAUUCUGGGCUUGUAGCAAUUGGGAGGUUAUCAGAUUACUCAUAUCUACUGAAUUUUGGGUCUCAUUACCACAAAGGACUCUGAAGAGUCUGUGUUACUUGUCUGUUUCUGCAGAUCUUGAUGAGACCCCUGUCAGAUAAUUCUUAGUUGCUUAUGUAAAAGACUUUUCCAUCCUAUAAUCUCAUUUACUUGAGUACUUUUUCAGAAGGUAUUAGGACUUUUUUUGAAGAUGACACCUUCAAACUGUAAAAGGUACAGUAAAAGGCUUUAAGGGACCAGAAUACAACUUCAUUUUCCAAUUUUAGUGUAGAUUGUCAGAACUGCUCAGGUGCCUAGGACCAAAUGCAAAUACCUGUGUAUGAGUCUUGUAAAUAUGCUUUUCCUUGGUCAGUAUUGAACAAGGUGGAAACCCAACUGAGGAGUUAGAAUGCUGGAGUGUUUCCCUGUGCUGCAUCAACAAACCUUCACUUCUGUGUGUUGGGCUGACAGUGUGUGAAUUACUGUUUCUGCUUGGAGUGGUGAGACUCUGUUACAUACCCAAGGAGCACAGAUUCCAUCCCGAAGCCCAUGUUGAUGCACCGAGCUCAAAGGCCAAAUGCAUGAGAAAGCUGCAAGUUUGGAAUGAGAUGUACCUCUCAAUAAAAGUGAAAUUCCAGGGAUGAGGUUCACAAUUGGAAAAAGAACGAAAUUAUUGGGAUAUAGUACCUGUGAAAUGCUCACUACCAGCCCUUUGCUAUUACUUCACACUACGUUUGAUAAUUUUUCUGUCUGUCCUAAAGUACUAGUAUGCCACAGCACAGUUUGGAUGUGAAAUAAGAGAGUUUAAAAGUGACUUUCAAAGGAGAGGGGAAGGAGCAUGGUUAUGGUGGUUCUGCUUUGGGGAUUUUUUUACUGUUGUUUAUCUGGGAAUUCCAACACACAUUUUGUUUUGACAUGAAAAGGACUCCACUUUUGGGCACACAGCUCUGGCUGGGCUGGAGCUGUACUUGUAUUUCUGGUCAUAUCAUCUCUUUGAACUGGGUGCAGCUUAGACCGUUAGCUGUUCUGUGUCUAAGCAGCACUUGUUCUGUGCAUCUGUAUUUUUGUUGUCUAGUGGUGAAAUCUUUGUCUAUUUUCAAGCAGCUAUGUCCUCGAAGCAGGACCUGCUGAUCUUACAGUGGAUGUUCACAAAAAGAAGUAAUGCCUAAACAAUCUGCUUUAUAACAAAAUAAAGAACAUCUUUGGAGCUAA